AUGGAGUUGAUGUUGGAGAAUGGGGCGUCGCGUGUAGGUGUGGACCUGGAGGAUGUUCAGGGGCAGGUGGACCGUUUGUACGAACAUAUUCUUGCUAGUGUCAAUAUGUCGCUUGACAAGGCAUCAGCUGACGGUUGUGAGGCGAACGCGGGAAAACAGCGGCGGGUGCGUCCGUCGUGUAAGCCGGUGUCGGCGGCGGUGGUAGUCAUGAGGCGCGGCGUGUCUUUGGAAAGUGUCGCUCCUGUGAUGAAGGACGUUGUGUCCGCGGGUGAGGCGGUGCGCCUCUGUGCCGAGGAGGCGUUGGAGGUGUCCAGCACCACGGCAUCGACGAUCCUGCUGAGCGACGUGGGCUGUGCCGGUUGGUCAGACAUGUCAAAGGUCCAUGCAGGUGGCGUUUCACGCAGUUUGUUGCCGCCACAGCGGAUUGCAGCUGCAGCGUGUGCCGGUGUUAGUCGCGGUGGUCGGGGUGCGACGUUGCGGCGGCGGAAACCGGCCUCAACGUUCGGCAGUGGUCGCAGUGGCAUGUGUGACCCGAUUAAAAAGACGUCCGCGCCGGGUCCGGGGUCUUACUUUUGCAGUGACGCUGAUGAUACCGCGCGGCCGCGUGUCGCAGCGCAUCGUGGCCGUGGCAGCAAAGGCCUCACUGAAGCUGGAGGCACGGUCGCCAAUGGCGGCGUUGCCUCAGGCAACGCUCGUCACACGCACCGCAGCGCAGAGGAUGCGGCGAAGGCGUUGCGCUGCCAGUUCGCGCUGCUGUGCCAGUGCUACUGGAAGCAGUUUCCGGAGCUGGAGCUGCCGACCAAUGCCGCGGCGCACGCGACAAACUGCCCGUGCCAAUCCAUCCGCAUGGCGUCCACAGGGAUGGAUAGCAGCAGCAGCAGUAGUAGUAGUAGCAGCAGCAGUGAUUGUGUGCGCGUGGAUGCAAACAAAGCUCGACGGCGUGCACCAGCCGUUUCUCGCACGUCAUCCCCAUCGCUUGCAGUGCAUCAGUCACCAAACCGCGGUGCCGUGUUUGGCACCGCGCGGCGUCGAACACCCUUUGCGGAGGAGUCGCCGCAGGUGACCCGGAUGAAAAGCACGGAAAAGCAGCAGCGAGGUGAAUGCGUUCCGGCGACGCGGGAAACGACGGCCUCGCGUGGACCGCCGGCGGAGGUGGCCUCAGUGCCCGGUCCCGGUGCGUACAACGUUGCCAGCGCCUUUGACGCGGCUUCUCCACGCGGGGCGUCAAGGGGCGUCUCUAUCGGACGGGCGGCGCGGCGGCUGCACACGUCGACGGAGUCCCCGGGGCCAGGGGCGUAUGACACUGCGCCGACAGAAGAAGCGAAAAUUCACGGCAAGAGGAACUACUUUCUUACGACAAGCCCACGUCUUUUGCACUUGGGGGCGAAGCACGAUAGUGAGGGAGGUCCCGGUCCCGCGGAGUAUUCUACUGAGCAGGCGGCACGCAGUGACGCACGACACAAAAAUGCUCCGGCGUUUUCGUUUGGCCGCGCCAAACUGCCGGGCAAGUCUACGGCGGUCCGCAGCACUGCCGCUGCUGUGGAGAGCGGCGAUGCGGUUCCGGGCCCAGGAACAUAUGACGUCUCCACGACGUUGCCGGACGGUGGGGUGGUGAGGGCCGGAAGAAGUGCGGUGAUCCCAACCGCCAGACGCGACGGAAGCACGUGGUGUGGCGUGUAUUACCCGCCCGACAAUGUACCAGGCCCCGGGCAUUACGUGCUUUCAACGGAGUCGACCGGACCACAGUGGACCUUCUCCGCGCGGCGGUCGCCUGAUGUCGCUGAUGAGCCUACGCCUGGUCCAGGUGAUUACUUCGUUCCCAUCUUUGAUCUGCGGCGGGAGCGCGUCGCAACAGCGUCGUUUGCUACGGCGCCACGUUUCCCGCCUGGAGUGGUGGAUCCAGCGGCGAACCUUCCUGGACCUGGGACGUACGAUAUGGACGGCGUAGCAGAUUUCACACGGUCGGUCGUCAUGGGAACGGCGCACCGCGCACUCACACUGGGUGUCUCCACGGAAGACGUACCAGGGCCUGGUGCAUACGUCCCUCAGCACACAGCACAUGAACGACACGUUGCAGUUCCGAUUCUUGCGUCCACCGCACCACGGUUUGACAGUAAUGGCAACACUGACGCCAGUGCGUCGCUCCCUGGGCCCGGGUACUAUUAUUUUGAGGAUCAUGCGGCAACCCUCAAUCCACGCGGCGCGGCUAUUGGAACCGCAUCGCGGCCCUUGAACCUUGAUGCUGUUGCCGCAACUGAUGCAGGUCCGGGGGCCUAUGACACUAGCCUACCCAGGGGUGGCCCCUUCUUUUCAAUGCGACAGCGGGUGUUGGAUCCCGCCACAGUGGGAGAGCCGACGCCUGGGCCAGGGAUGUACGACGCACGGGGGUUGGCGUCAGGCCCGAGCGCCUUCGUGGGCGUUGCGGCGCGCUUUCCGUCGGGUGACGCAGAGAAGCUGCGCAACCGUGUCCCUGGUCCUGGUGCCUACGAAGCUGUGUUACCUGCCACAACAUCCAUGACAGCGGUUUUUGGUACCAGCCCUCGCUUGCUCAGCAAUGAGGACGCCAUGGGGCAGAAGCUGGGCGGAGGACUUGGCCCUGGCGUCUACGAUCCGCAGGAGGUGCGGAGCAACGUGGCCGGUGCCGCAUGGAGCAGCAGUCCUCGGUUUAUCCAAGAUGAAAGGAAAGAAGUGCCUGGACCUGGGGCAUACGAGGUUGCCACACCUUCGCCCACGCGUCGCGUUGUCUUUCGGACCGCAAACGAUGGCUCGGAUUGGCUUAUCCCCGCCGACGCGGCGGAGCGCCCUGGGCCCGGAUCAUAUCUCCCGCAAGCGGCAGAAGAGCGGACGGCGGCUGCAGUGGUGUUUGGUUCCGCCCCGAAAAAUGUGUUUUCGCCCGAGGAACGAGAGAGUGUCAUGCAACGGCACGUUGGUCCGGGAUCGUAUGAUGUGACGCUGCAGGUUCCACAUGCAUUUCACGCGACGUUUGGAGGCGCCAAUCUGGGACGGCUGGAGCAGGAAAAGGCCGACGAUAAAACCCCCGGGCCAGGACACUACAGUUUAGCCGAGGGCCAUGUUCCGCUGCCGCGGGAUGUGGUGUUUGGUACAGCCGCCCGAAUGCCGUCAUCGCAGCAUGCGGAGAAGACUCCAGGUCCUGGGGCGUACACGCCCUUACUGCAGCCUAAUGAGGUAUCCCCAACAGGGCCAGUCUCCUUCCCGACGGCCCCUCGCUUCCAUGACGCUAGUGCCAGGACCGGUGCUGACAGCGACGCUGCCACCCCAGGGCCUGGCGCCUACGCCUUGGACAGUGAAGGGAGACAGACACGGGGUGGGGGCGCCUACAUGUUCGGAACGGAACCCCGCAUUUCAGACCACGAGCGACACGCGCAGGGGCUCUUUCCUGGGCCCGGUCAAUACGAAUGCUCCCAUGAGGUGACGAUGGCGAACGGUCCGGCCUACUCCUUUGGGAAGGAACCCCGCACCUUCAUGCAUGCGGCUGAAGAUGGAGGUGGGACCACCAGUGGAGGUGUCCCCGGUCCAGGGUCGUACGAUGUUGUCAUUCCAACUCUUACCGCACCCACCACUCGCUUUGGAACCGCACAUCGUACAAUGGGGGCGGUGUCGCUUGCGGAAGUUGUUCCAGGCCCUGGGACGUACGAUGUGGCAAACACCGCAGCGACGGCAACAGCAGCGGCCGCUGCGCCUGCCUACCGAUUCUCAACGGCCCCACGUGAGCUACACGUGGAAGUCAGUGAAACACCCGGGCCAGGUCAGUAUGGCGGCACCGGUGCGGAGGAAAACGGGUGGCGACGCUUUGCAGGGCCGUCAUUUCCUACGGAACCGCGUUUUCCUGCUGGGAAGGAGGUCGAUGCCCUCCCUGGGCCGGGUCAGUACUUGCCGCAUCACCCGCAAUGGGAUGCGUCACAGGCCUACUCCUUUCCCUCCGGCAAGAAGGAGCUUUUGAGCGGCGAAGCUGAGAUGCCUGGUCCAGGCACAUACAAUCCCACACAUUUGCCCACAGGGCGUGCCGUGCAUUUCGGCACUUCUGAGAGAAUUCUUGGGCACGCAGAGCAGGACAUAGAGUUGCCCGGACCAGGCACAUACGAUGUCAGCGUAAACAAACACGAUGGGCCUGCCUUUUCUCUGCACCGCACUGCGCAACGUGGGCCCACGCUGGGGGAGGUGGAACAGUCUCAUGUCCCAGGACCCGGCACGUACACAUUGCCCCCCACCUUUCCUGCGACAGAGGGUGCUGGGACGGCUGUCUCCUUUGUUAGAGCUGAGCGUUUUAAGACGACCGGCGAGGUCGAUGGGACCGGGCCACACACAAUGCCCGGUCCAGGCUAUUAUGAUCCACAGCUGCCCGCGCCAACAGCUGGACCUAGCAUGGGUCGUGCGCCGCGACUGGCUGAGGUGGGCGAUGGUGCUACGGUGGGUGGUGUAGACUUCCCAGGGCCGGGACAUUACGAGGUCACGCGCGGAGACCCCAUUCUCACCACAACACUUGAUGGAGGUGUGGCGAUGCGUUUUACCGCUGCACGUUUCCCUUUUAGUGCUGAGCUCACAGCGUCUGAAAUGCCGGGUCCGGGCUUGUACGCUCCAGUGGUGCCACAAAGCACGACAGGUGGAGCGUCCUUUUCCCAUGCCCCACGUUUUGUAGUGGCUGAGAUGCGGGACGGGAGGGAGCAGCCAGGUCCAGGCGAGUAUGGCAUACCCUCCGUGUGGCAUCUGCCGCAGGAUGCUGGGUACUCCUUUGGCACGAGCACCCGGCUGGGACGCGCGGAUACUGCGCAGGAUACUCCAGGGCCAGGGAGCUACGAGACAGACCGCUACGCUGCACGGUACAUGGCGGGCCCGGCGUUUACGCUGCUGGGGAAACCAACCUACAAGGAAGCACAUGCUGGGGCUGACAAUCCUGGGCCUGGCACGUACGCCCCUCAGCCAGUGGAAGCCGCAAUUUCGGCCACAAUUGGAACAGCCCCACGAACCACCGAAAAGACUGAGGAUCUUCCGGGUCCUGGGGCGUACUUGACGAGCGGGCCAAUUGUGAUGCAGAGCCAACCUGCAUUUAGCUUUGGCAACGCCCUUCGUCCUGACAUUGUGUCACACACGCAACGUGAUCUCCCGGGGCCCGGCGAGUAUCACCACCCCAUUGACCCAAGGCCAUCGGUGCCGGUAUUUACGUUCGCUGGGGCUGAACGUUUUCAGGAACUCGAGGGGGAUAUUGCUACGCCCGGUCCGGGGCAAUACUACCACCACCCUCCUGCAAAUUUGUCGCAGGGUCCAUCCUUUACGUUUCCCCAAACCACCACAGCGACGCCUGGGGCAAAUACAGGAACUGGCAGUGGUGUGGGUCCAGGGACGUACUUCCACCCGUCCCACUGGGACAUGGCAGGGAACGGGCCAACAUUUCCCACCACACUGGGCCACUUUUUGCCGGCGUUGGGCGCGGAUGCGCCUGGACCCGGGGCUUAUCACGUGGAGCCGCGUGUGCCUCCACCUGCCGCUGCAAGCGCGGCUCAGAGGAGGGAGUCGAAGACGCAGUGA